UCUGUCAAAAUCUUUUUUUCUCAUCUCUGAAAAGUGAAGGAGCUAAAGUAAAGACCAAAUACUUUAUCAUCUCCAAAAUCUCUCUCUCUCUAAAGCUUUCACACGAAAUCUCCUUCUCUGUUGUUUUCUAUAGCAGCCUUAAAACACCUUUCAUUUCUGAUCUUCGUUUAGUUUUCAGUGUUCGAGAUUCAACUUUGACCAUUAGAUCAUAGAUCAUCAGUCGGCCGGUUGCUUUGGUUUCUGUGGUGUUUUUUUAUUUAAAUGUUGUAAACUAACUUGUUUUACAGUGGUGCUCUGGGUUUAAUCAUUGAGUUCUUCGGUUAUUGUGAGAUUUUAGUCAGAUAAGGGACUCUCGGUAGAGAUGUUAGGUAAGUUAAAAAACACCCAACAAGAAAAAAGAGUUCCAUUGACUGGUAGCUGAGAGAGAGAGAGAGAAAAAAAAGAAAAACCAAACCCUAGAAAGUAGAAAAAGAGAAACUUGUCUCUCUUUCAAAUUCUUAACGAGUUAUAAAUGCUAUAGAUUUUUGCCUUCGUGUUUUUUCAGGGGUUUCAAGUAGGAAUCAUGCCUAUUGAUUUAGAUAAUUCCCCAGCUGCUUCUGGUGAAGCUAGUGUCUCUUCCUCUGGUUACCAACCACCACAACAACAAACACCGUCCAAGGCAGUUGCUAUCGCCAAGAAAAAACGCAACCUCCCUGGAAUGCCAGUAGAUCCAGAAGCAGAGGUGAUAGCCUUAUCGCCAAAGACCCUUUUAGCUACAAAUCGAUUUGUAUGUGAAAUAUGCAACAAAGGGUUUCAAAGAGACCAAAACUUGCAACUUCAUCGACGAGGACAUAACCUACCAUGGAAAUUAAGGCAAAGAUCAAGUAAAGAAGUGAGGAAGAGAGUUUAUGUAUGUCCAGAACCAACUUGUGUACACCAUGAUCCAUCAAGAGCUCUUGGCGAUCUUACAGGAAUAAAGAAGCAUUUUUGCAGAAAACAUGGGGAAAAGAAGUGGAAAUGCGAUAAAUGUUCGAAGAAGUAUGCUGUUCAGUCUGACUGGAAGGCUCACUCAAAGAUUUGUGGUACUAGAGAGUAUAAAUGUGAUUGUGGUACCCUGUUUUCAAGGAGGGAUAGCUUUAUUACACACAGAGCAUUUUGUGAUGCAUUGGCGGACGAGAGUGCUAGAGCUCAAACUCAGACUCCGAACCCAAACCCAAAUCAUAAUCCGGAAUCUGACCCGAAAGUGCAAGUUGAUGCAUCUCCACCACCAGCACCGCUACCACCACCAGUGGCCCCAGAUUUAGGUCCCGGUCUGAGUCAGGCUCCACCAGGGCUAGCUCAGUCAACUGGGAUGACACCAUCUCCAGUCUUGGCAAUUCAGAGUCCAGAGUUACCAGAUAAUCCUACACAAAUUAUAGAAGAAGCACUGGCACGGGCACCUAUGCCGGCCACAGUAACUGCUGGGUUCAAUGGAAGCUGCAGCAGUAGCACUAGCUCAAGCAGCAAUGGCAGCAGCACCAGUAGCGUGUUUGCUAGUUUAUUUGCUUCCUCAACUGCUUCAGGAAGCUUGCAGACACCUCAGACUCCUGCUUUUACUGAUCUAAUCCAUGCAAUGGCCCAUCCCAAUCGCCCAACAGACCUUGCUCCAUCAUCUUCAGCUGAACCUAUUUCUCUGUGUCUCUCCACUAAUCAUGGGUCAUCAAUUUUUGGCACCGCAGGGCAAGAACGUAGGCAAUAUGCACCACCACCACAGCCAGCUAUAUCCGCUACUGCACUGUUACAGAAAGCUGCUCAAAUGGGAGCUGCCGCUACAAAUGCAUCAUUGCUUCGUGGGCUUGGGAUUGUGUCAUCUUCUCCAUCAUCUGCCCAGCAAGACAACACGCAAUGGGGUCAUAGGCAAAUGGAGCCUGAAAAUGCCUCACUUGCUGCAGGGCUUGGACUUGCCCUGCCUUGUGAUGGAGGUUCUGGAUUGAAUGAAUUGAUGAUGGGAACUCCUUCCAUAUUUGGCCCGAAGCAUGCAACUCUUGAUUUUCUUGAACUUGGGAUGGCUGCUGGUGGGAGCCCUAGUGGUGGUCUAUCAGCACUCAUUACAUCUAUUGGUGGUGGUCUUGAUGUGGCUGCAGGAGCAGCUUCUUUUGGAGGUGGAGAGUUUUCUGGCAAAGACAUGGGAAGGAGCUGAUGACAUUUUAAAGCAAGGAACUAUACUUCUCCAUUUUACUUGGGGAAUUUAGUUGCAUUUGUACAGAGUUUUGUCCCAGGGCAACUGAUUUUUCUCGGGGAAGGAUGAAAAGAUAAAAUCUUGCGGAAGACAUUGCUCUAAUGGAGGCGAGGAUCAACCCCCAUUUAAUUGUUUUGCUGCCUUGGUUGUAGAUAUUUGGCCAAGAAUUAAGGGACCCCCUUGGCUUCCUGAUUAAUGUAAUUUAAGGCGGGGGUUGAAAAUUUGAACCGUAGCUUUGUUUUUAGCAGUAAACUUGGGGAUACAUUUCUCCAUCCACUACUCUAAUUUAUUGCUUGAAAACAUAAUAAAACAGAUGCAAUUUCAAAA